AUCAGCUUGGUGUUGCCGGUGUGCUUCUGUCAGUGUUGAAUGUGUCUGUAGGUGCAUGGCUCUUUGACAGCAGCAGGAACCCAUUGUAACACAGAGGUGUUUUUCCCUCCCACGAGUCUUGACUUAAAGCCUCACAAGCUGGCAGAUCAUAUGAUGUUGCUUUUAAGCGCCUGGUGGGGGAACUGAAAAGUGAGCACCCACACAGGAAAUGUGGUCGAAGUUUAUCCCGGAUGUUGGGUUACAUGACGUGAAUAGCAUAAUGAAGAUACAGGGUCUUAUAAAAAGUGUGCCAGUAAGAGGAAGAGCUACAUGAUGAUGCUGUGAUGUGCCUCAAGGUCUCUCAGCGAUAACACCUUACAAGAUGAUCACCACUCACGCAGCAGAGAAGGACCUUUUGUAGUCGGAGAGCAUUCACGGCUUCAACAUCCUUUCACCAAAACCCACCGAGAGCGACAACUGAAGGGACUUAGAGGCACUAAUGGAGCGGGAAAACGUGUGCACUCCUGAGCCCGAUGAUGAAGAAUCAUUGCUUCAUCAGCCUUGUCAAGACUCAUCUGAUCACAAAUGGAUCAGUGGGGAACAGGAGUCCAAUAUGUUGGAUGAGACAGAGAUGCAGAUAGACCAGACACAGCAGGCAGAUCAAGACUGUAGCUCUUCAAACACAGAUUUCAUGAUGCCCGAGGGAGCAGAAGAGUGGGCGCAAAGUGUAUGGGAGAUGCGCCCUGUCUCCUGUACCAGUCCUCCGUUUUCCUUUGCUACGGUGGAGUGGGACAUGCCAGAUCCCUCUGCAGAAACGCCUCAACUCAUGACUGACAGCAGCUUGGCUAAUGAGCUGCACUCUGGUGGUGGGAUGACUGUACGCAGCGCUUCCCCAUCACUUCACCGGCCUCAAGAUAUUAAUGCUGAACUAUUCACGCAAGACGACGAAGAGGAACACGAUGCGUUUGAUUCAUGGCUUCUUAUCUCAGACGCUGAAUGGACUGCAGGAUACGCUGAGCCAUGUGAUUCUGCAGAUGUGAAAGAGCUGAAGACACAGGAAAAGGAAGACUCGGCACACGAGCUGUUACACAGUAAUAACGAGAUCUCACCAAGGGCAGAGUCAGAGGAAGGUGACGGACGCUCAGUAGCUUCUGAUCUUGUUGAAACAUUCGAGGAGAUUCAAGGCUUAGAAUAUGAGGUGGACGCUUUUGUGGAUGUAAAACCAGAAGAGGAACAGGAUGUUCUGCUGACAGGACAGGAAGACUCAAACGGUGAACCAACUUUGGCUAAUGGUGUCGAAACUGAAGAAGAGAGCGAGGAGGGCAAUGCUGAAGAAGAGCAGGGUGUGACUGACGUGUCCAGUGAUGAAGAAAGUGAGGAAAGUGUCGGCAGUUUGACAGCUGUGGACGUCUCUGCAGAGCCACUGGAGGGUGAAGAUCUUGGACUCACCACAACCACAGACGAGCUGAUUGAUCUGCAGGAGCCAGACCUUUUGAAGGAUAGUGGGCACUCAGGAGCCGAGGAGGACGCAGAGACGCUGGAACGGUUGCAUGAAAACCUCACAGUUGAGAUAGCAGGAUCAGGAAUGUGUGAAGAUGAAGAUCGUAAUGUAGCCCACCAACAGCCAGAUGUUGCAGACAACAACAAGGAAACAUUGAUACAGGAGGUGGAAGAUUCAGAAAAGAUAGAAAACUCCCCAGAGGGACUUGAAGUUAAUGAAAAUCUGGAAGAGACUAUUUGCUUAGAGCAACAAGAGUGUGAUCAAACGGCCUCACAGGAAAGUGUGGUUCCACUGCAACGUGGACACCCUGAGCCUGAGCAGCCGGACAUGAUUGAAAAACCAGAACGGAUGCUAACAGAGGUGUCACAUGAAUUAGGCCACCAGUUAGAACAGUCACUGCAGCUAGAUCCGUCAUCAGAAAUCGAAAUGGGAGACCAGUCCACCCGACUUCAACAAACUGAGCAUCCAGAAGACUCCGCUCUGUCAGAGCAGACGGUUUCUGCUGAAGCUGAAGAGCCUGGAGUCACAUCGCAGCCAGAGCAGAUGGGGCCAUCAGAGCAGGAUGAGGAGUCACUGCAGAUGACAGACUCACCUCAGCAGACACUUUCAGAGCAACCCGUGCAAACUGAGCGAUCGGAUGAGUCAGAAAUGCUAAAACAGCUGUCCUCUGAGACCGAGGUUAGGCAGCAGACAGAGGAGGCCGACUUACACCAGGUGGAUAAACAGGCUGACAUGUUGGAUCCUGCCGAGGAUUUUGGAGAUCCUGACGGUGGAGUUGUAGAGAGAGUUGUGGGAAAUGGAGAGCAACACAAAACCCCUGACACAGCGGAGCCUUACAUGAAUGGACAGGUGGACAGAGAGAAGGCCCGCCGCCUCGCUGAGCGGCUCUUUAAGUUAGACGGGAUACAGCGCACAGAUGUGGUCAAGCACACAGAUAAAGAUAACGACUUCAGUCGUGCUGUCGGAGAGGAAUAUCUCAAAUUCUUUGACUUCACCGGGCAAACUCUGGACCAUGCCCUCAGAUCCUUUCUGAAGGUGGUGAUACUGAUCGGAGAGACCCAGGAGAGAGAGCGGGUGCUGCAGCAUUUCUCCUCCCGCUUCCAUCACUGCAACCCCACCUCCUUUUCUUCUUUAGGGGCCGUGUUGGCGCUGACGUGCGCGUUGAUGCUUCUCAACACUGACUUGCACGGACAGCAUGUAGGAAAAUCCAUGUCAUCCUCUAAGUUUGUCUCCAACCUGGAUGGGAUGAAUGAGGGCGAAAACUUCAGCAAAGACCUGCUGAAAAGUCUUUACAACUCAAUAAAGAGCGAGGCGCUGGAGUGGGCCGUGGAUGAGCAGGAGCUUAAAACCUCGGUGUUGCUGGAAGAAAGUGCAGGUGAUGCUCCGACUCUGCGGUCUAAAGCCAACCCCUUCCAAGACGUCCCCGUCGACAAGAAGGCCUCUGUGAUGAAACAGGGAUUUCUGCAGAGGAAGCUCCACGCCGACAUCGACGGCAAACGCACUCCUUGGGGCAAGAGAGGCUGGAAAACCUUCUAUGGAGUUCUGAGGGGAAUGGUCCUUUACUUACAAAAGGACAAUUACCGGAGUGAUCAGCAGACUUAUGAGGAGGUGGUGAGUGUGCAUCACUCUCUGGCAGAGCAGGCAGCCAACUACACCAAGAAGCCGCACGUCUUCCGUUUGCAGACGGCCGACUGGAGAGUCUUCCUCUUUCAGGCUUCAUCCAAAGUGGAGAUGAACUCGUGGAUCAGCCGGAUCAACUUGGUUUCAGCUCUUCAAUCGUCACCUCCGUUUCCUGCUGCCGUCGGCUCUCAGAGGAGGUUCUUCAGACCGAUCCUCCCUGCUUCACAGUCUGCUCACACUUUGGAACGCCAGCUGCAGUCUCAUACAGGAAUGCUAAACUCCUUCAAGGCUGACCUGUCACACCAGCAGGAAAACCCUCCAGAGGGAAAGAAAACUAAAGCCAGGGACCUGGAGGAACACCGUGUCAGAGCAGAGUACCUUCAUCACGAGGUGAGUCGCUAUGAGAUCUACAUUCAGGUGCUGGAAGCCUGGCAGAGUGUGAAGACAGACAAGCAUGCAUUAAGCAACAGUGACCUGAACUUGUUUGACAAAACUGUGUGUGAAGACACAGUGGGAGAGAAGGAGGAGGAGGAAGGCGGGCUGAAAAAGUCUCACUCCAGCCCAUCUCUUGAACUGGAGAUAGCUCCUCCGGCAGUGAUCAAAGUCAGGCGGAAUAUCUCAGAGAGACGGACUUAUCGCAAGACCAUCGUUCCUCGAAUGAAGAAAGAGGUCUGAGGUGUGAUGAGCGGUUAAGACCUUUAAAAAUGAACAUUUAUACUUUUUGUCAAUUUGUGGAACCAAAAGAGACUUAUCUGAAAACUUCCUCAAGGAGUUUUUCUGAAUUUCUGAUCUCUUUGCGUAUUUACAAGAACAAAAAAAAAAAAAAAAGGAAAGGAAAGACACCUAGCUGAUCCCCAGUCCUCUAAAGACGGAGGUGAGAGCUCGAUACAUUUUUUGAGUGGCCUUUAAGUAUGUGGACCUAAUUUGUUUUAUUUUGUUAGACAAUUGUUUUGUUUUCUUAAAUCUCAAAAUAUUGUAAAAUUAAAAAAACGUUAUCCACUGGCCUAAAAUAUGCCUUACAAAAGCAAACCACACGAGGGCGCUAUAGAACAGGAUUUCCGAGGGAAGACGGGCGUCGUCUGUUUAUAUUUCAAAUUGCACUUUUGUUAUUGUUAACCUUUUGUACGAAAUAAGGAUGUUACUUUUACUGUCUCUGCUGCAUUGUUUGUUUAAAUGAAGGACUCUUUUCUAAAAAUGAAAUAUAACCUGUUUCAGGUCUUCUUAGUCACUGCUGUCUUUAAGGAGGUAAAAUAAUCCAUAUGCAUUUGAACACUGAAAUGUGUCAAAUUCCUUAUUUACAUCACUGUACUUUUGUCAGUAUUGAAACAUAACUGCUGCAUUUUAUGAAAAAUAAAAAUGGUAGUUUUAUAAAUGCCAGAGUUAUUCUUAUUGUUAUCAUACAUAUAUAUAUGAUAACAUAUA